UUAGAACGGAAGAUGCUGGAACUUGAGAGGAAGCAUCUUUGCACAUCCUGUGUCUUUCGGCCUCUCUAGUCUCUCAUCAAGCCCCAAACAAACAGUCCUCACCAUGAUCAACCAAUACAGUUGACAAUAUCCCUAAUUUUACAUUGUGAAGUCUGAAGGCUAGCUAGCAAUUGAAACUUUUUCCCAGUUCGAAUUGCCAAGAAACCAGGAAAUCGGGCGAUUGAUAUCUUAGAUAGAACAACUGCAGAUAAUAUAGUAUAAACGCCAUUUUGAGCUACGCCGGAAUUUAACGUUGUUCUCGCAAUUUUGAGCUACGUCUGGAAGUUACAGAGCCGCCUAAUCUCCACUUGUAUCUCGCUUGAAAGUAGAAAACACCUAACCUGUUACUUCAAGCGAGAAUACCAAUGUCCUGACUCCAGAGUCAAAUACCAUCUUCUUUGUUGAAUCUUCUCCACAGUUCAAACAAUUCCCACUUGGAGAUUGAUCCGACACAUAAAAAAAACCAACCAACUUUCAAGCACUUCAAACAGAAUGGAAAUACGUCCAAAGCAACCUCCGUCGCCAUUAUCAAGCUAGGAGACCAAACUGAAGUUGAAAACAACUUCAGUUUGUCAAUAGUUGGCAUGAUUCUGACUUCCUUGGAUCUUUGUGGAUCCUCUGUCUUUACGUCUCUCUCAGCCUCUCAUCAAGUCCCAAAGAAUCCAACUGUUAUACCCAUUUCUUUCAUUGGUUGUUCCUCAUCAGCCACUCCAAUUAACCUCUCAAAACCUUUCACGCUCACACCUCCAUUGUCGUCUUCGUUACUUUUCCAAAUCCUAGAUAUGUUUUUUUUUUUCCUUCAUACGUGUUUUGCUAUUUUGCUUGUUCGUUUCUAAUUAAUUUAAUUUAUUGUUGAUGAUGUACAUGAUAAAGAGGCACUAAUGCCUAACAAAAAGCCAGUCAUAGAUGUUUUACUGUCGUCAAUACCCGUCAUGCUCUUAAAUCAUAUAUUCUUUCUAGUUUAGAAUUUGGCAAUAACCGAAAAGCUACCAUGUAUACAUGCUUGUGUCUGUGUGUAUUCUCUCUUGCUAUUGUACAAGGAUGCCAAUAACCAAAAUGGUAACAUAUGUGUGUGUAUGUGUAACUAUAUUGGAUUCCAGAACAAGAUGAAGCCAAGACACAAACAACCAUAACAAGCUAGAAAACAACUGAUAUUUGCCACUUCAUAGAAUAGUUAUAAAUCUCUUUCCACAAUCACUUCACCAAAGGAAACCGUUCCUAUUUCUGUUUUCUAUGCAGUAGAAAAAAAAAACACAAAAAAAUAAAAAGGAAACUUGUCUUGUCUACUUUAUAUCCAAGCGGCAAGUCUUAAAAUGAUGAUGAAAGCUUUCGAGAGUACUUUGGCAAUGAGCACAGGAAGAACUUGUACAUCUUUCCCCACUUCAACUCCUCAAUGGAAAUAUGUUGUCUUCCUGAGUUUUCAAGGUGAUCAUACCAGAAAGCAUUUCACAGCUUCCCGUACAUCUUUCCCCCCUUCAACUCCUCAAUGGAAAUAUGAUGUCUUUUUGAGUUUUAGAGGUCAUGACACCCCGAAGCGUUUCAGAGCUUCCUGUUCAUCUUCCUCCCCUUCCAAUCGUCAAUGGAAAUAUGAUGUCUUUCUGAGUUUUAGAGGUGAUGACACCCGGAAGCGAUUCACAGACCACUUAUACACUGCAUUGGAAAGUCAUGGAAUAAUAACUUUCAAGGAUGACCCUGAACUUCAAAAAGGGAAACCUAUUUCUCCAGAACUGUUUAGUGCAAUUGAAGAAUCGAGGUUUGCACUCAUUGUUCUCUCAGAAAAUUAUGCAUCGUCAACAUGGUGCUUGGAUGAACUUUUGCAGAUUCUUGAAUUCAUGGAAGCAAGAGAAACAGUGCUACCAACUUUCUACAAUGUCGAUCCCUCUGAUGUGCAAAAGCAAACAGGGAGUCUUACGCAAGCCUUCAUUAAACAUGAAGAAAAAUUUAAGGAUGACAAAAGGAAGGUGCAAAGAUGGAGAUAUGGUUUAACAAAAGUGGCAAAUUUCUCUGGAUGGGAUUCAAAGGACUGGUAACAUUUCAUGUUUUGAUUUUGUUUUCAACGCCCUUUUUCUUAUUUGAUGAUUUGUAUAUACACAUAGUCAGUGUGACUUCUGUUUGAGGAAAGGAAAUAGA